CCACGCGGCUUCCCCUCCCAGCGCAGAGCACCGCAGCAAUUCGAUCCCAAGCAUCCCCCCACCAACCUCACCAUCCUCGUACCGCACGUCCAGGCAGCUAAUCAGUCAAGCUCAAGCAUCCAAGCCGGCCUCGGAUUGAAGGCAUCCAUCCGGGAGGGAGGGGAAUGGGGUUCGUGCUGGUGAUCUCGCUGCCCUUCAUAUUCUUCACCAUCCUGCUCGGCUUCGGCUGCUACUUCCUCGGCAAGCACAAGGGCCGCGAGGAGAUGCGCGCCGGCGUCGGCGCCCAGAUCUACGGCACGCCGCUGCCGCCGCCUGGCGUGGCCGGGCAGUCCCCGGGGCCGUACCCGGUCCCGGUCCCGAUGAAGAAGGAGGGCCCCGACGCCGUCUGAUCGGUCGAGCUUCCUCCUCCUCCUCGGCUGGAGCGUUGGUGUUGUUUGUUUACUGGGUUUGAUUAUUACCGUGUACAUGGAGUCAUUUGUUGCUCGUUUCUUGUGUGGUGUUUACUGUGAAGGAGGAAGGGAUGUUGAUCCGGUGUGAUGAUUUGUGAUCACAGUUGCGUUUCUAUGAGAUGCGCAAAUCGAUGUAAUGAAUAUUAGUUUGUGAUAAUCAAUCAACCGUUGCUUGGUUUGUAUGCAA